CCUGCCGAUGACUGCCCUCGCACUCGGGGCCCGUGCACGACGCCUUUAUGUGGAAGACAUCCACCGUGAGCCAGGACUGGGCAGUGGACGCCGUGGCCAGGUGAUAGUGCAUACUCGCUUCAACCUUGGCUGCUUAACCCCAUCCCUGGAGCACAUCCUGCAGAAUCCUCUGCUGCCCGAUUCCACCGCACCCACUCUUCACUGCGGUGCGUCGUAUAACUGUGCACUGGAGUCCUCAAGGCCCACUUUCGGUGCUUGCAGAGGUACAGAACACUGUACUAUGGCCCACUCUUCACGUCGAAGAUCAUCGCAGUUUGUGUCGUGCUUCACAACCUCGGUGUUUGGCAGCAGCUGCCUGAGCCAGACGACAUCCCUUGCACUGAAGAACUCGAAUGAGAAGAUGCGGACCUUUACAACAACAAUAGCGACGAUACGGCUGCAGUAG